AUGGCGAGCUAUACUCUGUCAGAGGAAGAGAUCAAUGCUCUAGUUCCACUCUUGAGGAGUUCAACUGAAAGCUGCUCACCUCCUGACUCUGCUUUACUGAAUCUUCUUGAGAAUCUGGCCUACUUGCAGGCAAAGAACCAGCUUUCCUCAAGUGAAUCCUGGGAAGCUUCGGACGGUGGUGUUCCAUCCUCGGAGAGUCAAGAAGGGAACUCUAGUCUUGAUGGUCAAUACAGCUCUGUACCUACAAUACAGGAGGCGCCUCAGCCUGCGCAGCGGGAAGACUUAAAUAAAGGGCGAAAGAGGAAGAAGUCUCGUGCCAAAGGCUCCUCUAAGAGGCAGAAGAAGGACUCGGAAGUAUCACCUGGUGGUGGAGAGGCAGGCCAACCUGGAGGCCAGCCUGGAGACCCUCUGACAUGCCCUCGUGGAGGCGCUACUAGGAUGUCAAGGUGGACUCAGGUUAACGAGUCUGUUUCUGGGGGCAAAUCUGCCGCUGUAAUGUUGGGCAGAUUCUUAAGCUCUAUUACUUCUUGUCAGAAUAGCUGGGUGCCUACGAACAGCUGGACUUCUCUCCUUCGCAACUCGUUGGAUUUCCCUGCCAGAUCUGUUGAUAAUCUCUCUUCAUGUGUUACACUUUUACCUCCACCGCUGAUGUUACGCCUAUAUUUCUUAGACAUUCGUAACAAUGUGGAAGCGAUGCUGGAUGACGAGGAGCAAGCUCCUCAGUUUAACCUGGGUAAGAAGAGAACUGCUGUAGUUUUGGACGAUGAAGAGGAUGCGUUGGCUGGUGUAUUGGGAGGUGCUGUGCAAAGCCAUGGUGGUCGUCGGGGCAAUGAACAUGAGGAUAGGGAUGAGAGUGAGAUUGAGGAGGAACGAGAUGGAGGCAACAUGAGCCACAGAGGUGAAGGUGGUGAAGGUAGUGAGGUGGAGGAAAAAAGUAUCGGCGAGGAAGAUGAGGAUGAAGAGGUUGGGUCGCUUAAAGGAUCUAACCAAGCAAAGAGCAGCUUUGUUAUAGAAAAUGGUUCAGCUUCAAAGCGUCGAAAGACAGACGUCAAGGAAGUUGACUUUAUAGCACCAGGUAGAGCGCCAACUCUCAGCAGCUUCAAGUCCCCUAUAAAGACUUUAGCCAAGGCCGCACAUGAGUAUCUCCGAGUCUCUGUUACAGAUAAGGCAGUGGCAAUGGCCCUAAUUCAACUGCCGCAAGCUUUGAAGGACGCUUGGGAAAAGGCUGAUGAUGACCUUCGAGCCACAGUACGAUCCUAUAUCAAGCAAAAGGGCGAGGAAGCAGUCGCAGACUAUGGGAUUCCUGGAAAUCUCAAGCCUGAUGAUAUCAAAGCACGUGUGCAAUGGUUACUAGCUGAUCACCAUUAUUCCUACGGCGGAGUGGACUUUAAGGCUCAAACGUACGACGAAGAAAUGCCAAUCUCUCAUCCUGGAAUUAUUGGGGUGAUUCGUCGGCAAUGGUUUACUGGGACUAGAUGCUUUGCAAUCAGGUAUCCGGAUCAUCUGAAAGAGCUUCCACCUCAGACGUGGGCAUUGGCUAUGACUUCGGUCAUCCAAGCUCUAACGAGCUGGAAGGAGGGCAAGCUGAGUCCUAGCAAAUUCUCCGAAGACAAUGUCAAGGAGUCUUAUGUGAGCGCUCUCAGUUGGGUCACCCACUGGCGACAUGAAACUCCGACUUGGUAUGAGGAUCAUCUCAAGGAGACUCUGGCUGAUAUAUGGUAUCUAUAA